ACUGUGUCGAGCUGUGAGCUUCGAAAUAACUUCGCCGCUGGUCUCAACUUGCGCCGCGAUGAGCCCAAGCAACGCGGUGAAGUGACGGAAUAUAACUUUUAAAGUAACUUUGGUUCGACUUAACUUUGACUUAAAACGCAGUGGCCGCCGGAGAAGUUGCUGCGCAGCACCAUGGCUGCCCAGUGCGACGCUUUGAGUGGAUAUUUGCAGCAUUCGGACCAGGGCUCCAACAGCGAGCGAAGCACCGACUCUCCUCUGCCCGGAUCAGAGGAGGACCUGAGCGGACCCUAUCCGCCGCCAGACCCGGAGUGGACCGAGGAGAGGUUUCGAGUGGACCGUAAGAAGCUGGAAGUCAUGCUAUUAGCUGCCACUGACGGGCGGGUCAACGGAGGGGAGGAUUUCUUUCAGAAGAUCAUGGAUGAGACCCAGACACAGAUAGCCUGGCCUUCCAAAUUAAAAAUUGGUGCCAAAUCUAAAAAAGAUCCACACAUUAAGGUGUGCGGAAAAAGGGAAAAUGUGAGGGAAGCCAAAGACAGAAUUAUGUCUGUCCUAGACACUAAGAGUAACCGGGUAACCCUGAAGAUGGACGUCUCCCACACGGAGCACUCCCACGUUAUUGGUAAAGGUGGCAAUAACAUCAAGAGGGUGAUGGAGGAGACGGGGUGCCAUAUCCAUUUUCCAGACUCAAACAGGAACAACCAGGCAGAAAAAAGUAACCAGGUGUCCAUCGCAGGGCAGCCAGGAGGAGUCGAAGCAGCUCGAGUAAAAAUAAGGGAGUUACUUCCCCUCGUGCUUUCUUUUGAGCUUCCAGCCAUCAUGCAGUCUGACCCAAGUUCCCCCACUGUGCAGCAUAUCUCGCAAACGUACAACAUCACAGUCUCCUUCAAGCCUCCAACACGCCUCUAUAGGGCCACUGGAGUGGUUCGUGGUUCGCAGAAUAACACUUCAGCUGUAAAGAGAGGUACAGGUCUUCUUUUGGAACACUUGGCCGGUAGCCUGGCAAGUACCAUUUCGGUCACCACUCACCUGGACAUUGCGCCACAACAUCACCUCUUCAUGAAGGGCCGCAAUGGCAGCAACAUCAAGCACAUCACCCAGAGGACGGGAGCCCAAAUCCACUUCCCUGACCCUAACAGCCCCCAGAAGAAAUCCACAGUCUACAUUCAGGGCACUAUUGAGUCAGUCUGCCUGGCACGCCAGUAUCUCAUGGGCUGCCUGCCUCUGGUAUUGAUGUUUGACAUUAAAGAGGACAUUGAGGUGGAGCCACAGUGUACCACAGCGCUAAUGGAACAGCUGGAUGUCUUCAUCAGUAUCAAGCCCAAGCCAAAACAGCCCAGCAAGUCUGUUAUCGUAAAGAGUGUGGAGAGGAAUGCAGUGAACAUGUAUGAAGCCCGAAGAUUCCUCUUGGGUCUUGAGAGCAACGGGGUGUCGUCUUCCUUACCGUCUGUGGUGGUGAAUCCUGCUGCCAGUGGACCCUCUCCGUCCCUCCUCUGCCCCGUUGGCCUGGACAUCCUGGCCUCAGCUGGACUGGGGCUAAGCAAUCUGGGUUUCCUGGGUGCGACGGCGCCUCACUCCCUCAGUAACUCCACUGCCCCAAACUCUGUCCUCAACAGCCUAAAUGCCUCCAUGAACCCCCUGCAGACCCAAAAUCCGAGCGUCCCAACACCCACCCCUUCCCUUUGGCCCAGUUCACUCAGCAACACCCAAGGUUUCUCAUCUCAGCUGAUGCUGCACCCUGCCACUCAAGCCACCCUCAGCAGUAUCCUGCUCUCAGGAGUGCAGGGUUACACCCAGAGCACACCUUCUCCUCCACCUGGCCUGGCUCCCAUAGACAAGCAGCCCAAUGGGGUGCCAGAGUGCACAAAGGGCACUUGCAGUCUCAAUGGACAUGUCAAGCAUCCUGGGUCCGUCUACGGGAGAAUAGCCACUGCAUCACUUGCCGAAACUGUGUUGAGUCCAGCCCCGUGUGAUUCUGUCCAGGAAGCCAGCUCCCACAAUCCUUCAGAACCACUGUCCAGCAAAUCAAACCCAGAUGAAGGCUCUGACACAUUUGUAGAAGUGGGCAUGCCAAGAAGCCCCUCUCACUCAGCUAAUGGGAGUGAGCUGAAACAGAUGCUGGCUUCAUGCAAGACGUCAUCAGGGAAACGACAGGCAGUGGAGCUCCUGCAGGGAACCAAGAACUCUCAUUUACACUCUGACUGUCUCCUCUCGGAUGCUGAGUCCAGUUCAUCAGACAGUCCUGUGGCAGAUAAGAGGGCACCGGGUAGUGAACGAGCAGCUGAGAGGGCAGCACAACAAAACGAGAGGGAGAGAAUCAGGCUGGCACCACCGUCCUCAUUUGCCAACAUGCAGGCGUUCGACUAUGAACAGAAAAAGCUGUUGGCAACCAAAGCAAUGUUGAAGAAGCCUGUGGUUACUGAGGUACGGACCCCAACCAACACUUGGAGUGGUCUGGGCUUCUCAAAGUCUAUGCCAGCUGAGACCAUCAAGGAGCUACGGAGGGCCAAUCAUGUUUCCUACAAGCCCAGCAUGAGCACCACUUAUGAGGGUUCCCCGCUAUCGUUAUCUCGAUCCAACAGUCGCGAAGGUGUGGGGAGCGGCAGUGACUCUGACAAUUGGCGAGAGAGGAAUGGUACGGGUAACACUAUGUCCGCCCACAAUGAAUACCCCACCACUGUCAGCAGCCCCAAGAGGAAACAGAACAAGUCUGCUGUCGAGCAUUACCUCAGCAGUAGCAACUACAUGGACUGCAUCUCCUCAGUAACUGGCAGCAAUGGCUGCAGUUUAAACACGUCAUUGAAGGGCUCAGAUCUGCCUGAGCUCUUCAGCAAGUUGGGCUUGGGGAAGUAUACAGAUGUCUUCCAACAACAAGAGAUUGAUCUCCAGACAUUCCUGUCUCUAACUGACCAGGACCUGAAGGAACUGGGCAUCACCACCUUCGGAGCCCGCAGGAAAAUGCUACUCGCCAUCUCAGAACUCAACAAGAACCGGAGGAAGUUAUUCGAGCCACCCAUCAGGUCCUCCUUCCUGGAAGGCGGCGCGAGCGGUCGCCUCUCCCGACAGUUUCACUCUGACAUGGCCAGCGUCAGCGGACGGUGGUAGGUGCCUCCAGAACCUCCUCCACCCUGGAGCCUCCAUUGUUCCCAGAUUUAGGAUGGUGGUUGUUUACUUGUUCAGCUUCAGCUGAGUUAAGACUGUUCAAGUUGCCAAAUAGUAUAAAUGCCUAUGUAUUAAAAGAAAAAAGAAAAGCCAUCAUUUUACCUGAAGUGCCAACAAGGAAAAAAGGGAUUUCUCCGAAAUGAGGUGCAGUGUUGACUCCUGAUGCGUCCGUUAGGUCUUUCUGGGAGUAUUUAUAUAUGAAGGUUGUUGUUACAGUUCUGAAGAAAGGGUACUGGUCCAGUAUUUCUCUCCACUUUUUGUUCAAGGGAACAGGCAGAAUGAUGGUACAAUCAUUUAAUACAUUGAUACUAGCUGCAAUUCUGCUAUGCUGUUGUAUCAGUGACGUGCACUUUAAUUCUACUAGACGUUUGCCUGUGAAAGCCUAAAACCUUGGAUUGAAACUAUGCAUUUCUCUUCUUUUUUUAAUUAUUAUUAUUUAGUAAAAAGCACAGAUGCAUUUUGUACCAAACCAAAUAUUAGCACUUAGCCUGUGAGAUUAGGGCAUCACAAAAUAAAGUGCAAAAUAGGGCAGCACAACACAGCUGUGACAUCAUCAGCUUAAACCCAUGUCACAAAGGGAAGCACCGUUGCAGCUUUUGACCUUUGGCUGCAUUCAGUGUUUUGAUUGGAUAUUCCUGCAGGCCAUUGGAUCAAGAUAUUUCACGCCAAAACAAACAAAAUCAAAUGUUAUGUACUUGUGUCAUGAUUUUAUUUUUAGUUUUAUCCUUUUAGGCGAAUGGGUGACAUGUUUAAUGGUAAUCAGUUUACAUAUGUAUUAUGUUUUUUAAUCUGUUCAUGAAUGCAUUUCUAUGAUUUUUGUAAUUAGAUUAUUAGUAUCUGUUAUUGUUUUGUUUUUGUUUUUUUCCCAUCCCUAUAAUCUGUGGAGCCAUAAUGUGUCUGUGCUAUUUGUCCACAGCAGAGACACAAAACACUUAGACGAAGCUUUGUGGGCUUCGCUCUGAUUGUGUCAUCUUUUUGUGGUUUUUCUUUCCCCAUUUGUUUAUUGUACGUGACCUUUUGUCUCGUCUGUUGUUUGUCAGUGUCGGCCUCUCUUUGUGUGGCUGAAACGUCAGUGCAUCCAGAAAAAAAAUCAUUUUGCUGCACUGAAACUGUGCACCUUCUCUAUCCGUCCAUUUAGAGCAACAACACCACAAAACAACAGACCUCACCAUCGCUUGAAGAACAUGAGACCUUGCCUUUGUUCUGAAAAGUGCCAUUGUAAUUAUGUAGCUUUUCAGCAGGGAAAAGCUUCCGAAAGAACAUUUCUGACAUUGGAUUUGCGUAUAUUAGAUGAACCGCAGAUCAUAAAACCUCAAAGAGGAACAAACAACUUAAGAUGAAAACAAUAGAAAUGGGCAGAUUUCUAGAUUCAUCUCUGCCAACUUAUAUCAGGAAAUGUGGUUAAGCAGGGUUUACUGAAGUUAUGGGAUUGGUGUUAAUCACCGGAGCUUGUUCCGUGCUCCUGUGAUCAGUGUUUCGAAAGAUGUCUUCAAAGUGUUAGUUGUGUGUGUGUGAGUGUGUGUUUGUGUGAUGUUAGGUUCCAGUGUUCUGAAUCCUAAACAACUUCUCUCAACUGCAAAAGCAAGUCUUUUUUUUUUUUUUGUCCUGGGGUGUUAAAAAAAAAUUGUACGUGUAAACAUAUAUAUUUGCAGCUCAGUUUGUAUAAAAGCUUUUUAAGACCGUCCAUUGAGUUUAAACGACCGUACAGCAUAGAGAAUAUAUUUAUGUUGUGGACAUAUUUGAGAUUUUUUCACCAUCUCAGUCGAGUAUGUCAGAAACUAACUAACAGCAGUUGCAAAGAUUCUCUUGAAAGUUCUGUUUUUUUAUUUUUAUUUUUAUUAACCCUUUGACCUUUUCCUGGCAUUGGAUUUGAGCCAGUGGUUGUCAGCACUAUAAAACGUAGCGUUGCGACAGGGUUGCUGAUGUCAACCAUAAAGUUUUGUUUUUGUUUGUCCCCCCCUUUAAAGUCUUAAGAUGGAAGGGAGGUCAUUAAUCUAAAAAAAGGGAUUCUUUGUCCUGAGCUGGUUGGCCUCCGCUCCUCAUGUUACUGCACCGAGCCUUUUGAGCACUGAUGGUGCCGUGACUCAUGUUCCUGCCUUAGCAGACAUUUGUUUUCAUCCUAGCCUAGUUCACCAGGUUCUGGUGUGUUGUGCUCAGACAGAAAUAGAUGUUCUUAUCAAGUGAAAGUUCUGUUUAAAAUAAUAAAUAGAUCAGUGAAGGGACUCAAGUCAAAAAGUUUACUACCAGCUUUUCUUUUCUAUGCGCCUGAUCGAAUAGUUUCACAAUUAUGUCUUUAAUUUGAUGUAUUUUUUUCCCCCACAGGGAUUAUUUUGUGUUUGAGUCAUUGUACUGCAAUCAAUCAAAUGGUACAUUUAUAAUAAAUGUAAACCACUAAGGAAAUUAUGUAAUGUUUUCAUGCUAUAUCACCGUUGUUAUGUGUGAGAAAAGGUACAUUUCUGCACGAUGUUCCACGGACCAUUUUGUGUAUAAGAAGCGUUGCCAUGUGGCCAAACCUCUGUUCACUGUGGCAUCUGUUGAUGCUGUUGUUCAAACUGUAAUUGUAAUACAGAUAUAAUCAAAAGACUCUUUGAAGAAACUGUCAAGUAAGCAAAAACAACAAAAAGUUCAAACAUUUAAAUGCUAUUAUGAAGGUAAUAAAUAUAUGCAAGUAAA